CAAAAUGAUGCAAAUUUCUUGUAAAAUGCAUAGAUCAAUUCAAGGCAAUAUAUGAAGAGGGUAUGCCGAUGUACCGGAGGCCAUUCAUGAAGGGGAAGUUGUAUAUCCAUUUCACUGUGGAAUUCCCAGACUCUCUGAGCCCAGAGCAGGUUAAGGCUCUGGAGGCGGUAUUGCCACCGAAGCCAUUGACAGAAAUGACAGAUAUGGAACUCGACGAGUGUGAGGAGACGACUUUGCAUGAUGUCAACAUUGAAGAGGAGAUGCGGAGAAAGCAGAUGCAUGAGGCAUAUGAUGAGGACGAGGAUAUGCAUGGCGGCGGUGGAGCUCAGAGAGUGCAGUGUGCCCAGCAGUGAGUAUGAUUUUUGAACAUUUUCGUCGUUAAACGAAGAUGAUUGCAGGACUAGUUAAGUAACAAUUAGUCUGUACUGGUGGCUUGAAACCUCAAAACUGUGUGUUGUUUGAUUUCCUGGGCAGGUAUAUCAUGUUUGCUCUGGGAAAACAUUUUGUUAUAAAAAUGUGAACUUCGUUCUUUGUGAACUUCAUUGGCUCUUUUAUUUGUUCUUCA